CUAUGUUAACAGUAUGUUCAUUAGCAUAGUACAAAUACGAGAAAAAUAUUUUUAGUUCAACCUUGACUACUGCUACGCUCAUACUGAAGCAAAUUUAUCAUGAUGAGGAUAAUCGCUGUUUUAUGUGUUCUGAGCGUAGUGGUUACCCAACAACAUGUUAAUGUAAUUAUCGAAAAAGAAGAAAUGUUAAAAGUUGCAUUCCUCCUUCUUAAACUUGGACAUGAAAUCGCCCCAGAGCCUCUAAAAAAACUUCUACUUUUCCAAGUUGGAGAAGAAAUAGCUGCUGAGUCUGGACCAAUCCCUGCUCUCAGUUUGAGUGUGGUGGUUAACCAACCAGGUCGUAAUCCUAUUCAUGUUCGUAUUCAACAAGAAGAAAUAUUAAAGGUGGCUUUCUUUCUUCUUAAACUUGGGCAGGAAUCAAAAGAAGGAUUAAAAGUGGCUUUUCUCCUUCUUAAACUUGGUUUAGAAAUCGCCCCAAAUCCUGAACUAAAUGAUCUAUUUCUGAAACUUGGAGAAGAAAUAGCCUCGGAGCCCGGGAUGAAGCCUGGACUAAAUCCUGUGCUCAGGGUUCUAAGUCUAGCAGUUACCCAACAAGGUCUGGAACCUGUUCUUGUUCAAAUCACACAAGAAGAAAUGUUUAACAUGGCUGGAGUUCUUUAUAAAUCUGGACAAGAUGUAGCUCAACAGCCUGGAGAGGAUCAUGGAUCAAUCCCUAUAAUGAACGAGGAACCUUCUCAAAGUAUAGAUAAUGGGCCUACUGUAGAAGAGGGUGUACUGGCCCCAUCGGAACGGUGUAGAUCAAAUUUUGACUGCUUCCCGGUGUGCAGUGAAUAUGGUUACUGCCAAAAGUAUGGCUAUAAAGCUGGUGGCUCAGGAUACUCUGAUGGACGAGAUCAAAGAGGACACGGAGGACAUGAUCAGAGAGGUGAAAGAGCAGAUCGAGGAUCCUGCAGAACAGAUGCGGAUUGUUGGCCUGUUUGUAGUGAAUAUGGAUACUGCCAGAGGUCUGGUUAUAAACCAGGAGAUAAGGGGUUUCCUCAUAGAAGAUAGAAGAAGAUUAAUAUUUUUUUUCAAUAUUUCAAGAGAAGCGUUGCAACAUGUGAAAUUAUUUUUUAAAAUUAAAAUGUGAAAACAAAUUAAAUUGGCACUAAAGCUUAAGAGAAACUUAUUACUCUGAAAAGUUUGUAAAUAAUAUCAAUUGUAGGUUUUACAAUUGUACAUGGUGUUUAAAAAAUAUAUUUUCAAAAGAACUUA